GCAGGUUGAGUGUACAACAGAGAACGGCAUUUGACAGCUUGCCAGGGGGAAAAAAACACCGAGGAAGGGGAAAAAACUAGACCUCCUAGAUUUCCAAAAAAUCGUCAUCUGAAGCUACACGAAGAAGGAGGGUUUACUCGGGGGGUCUGUGCCCCACAUUUCGCACCAAUGUAGCGACUAGUGUAGACAAGAGAAGAAAUGCUUUAAUUAAAAUAGCCACCCCAAUCUGUUCUCACCUCUUUUCCUGUUUUAUAAUACACCCCUCGUUGGAUAUACAUCGUGAAUGUAGCCAUGAAUUCCGCAGAACAGACGGUAACAUGGCUCAUUACCCUGGGGGUCCUGGAAUCGCCGAAAAAGACCAUCACGGAUCCUGAAGGAUUUUUGCAAUCGUCUCUCAAAGAUGGGGUGGUCCUAUGCAAGCUGUUGGAGCGAUUGCGCCCUGGCUCCAUCGACAAAAUUUACCAGGAACCGAGGAGCGACAGCGAAUGCUUGGGAAACAUCAGGGAGUUUCUGAAAGGUUGUGCUUCAUUUCGCGUGGAGACGUUUGAUGCCAAUGACCUGUUUCAGGGUCAGAACUUCAGCAAGGUGUUGAACUGUUUGGUGGCGCUGAACAAAGUCACUGCAGAUAUCGGUGUAGGUAGUGACUCUGUAUGCACGCGUCACUCUUCGUCCCACCGGAUCAAGUCUUUUGAUUCACUGGGCUCCCAGCCCUCCCUGGGCAGAUCCUCCAAGCUCCUGCAGAACCAGUACCGCAGCCUGGACAUGACAGAAAACAGCAACCACCAGACAGUGGUGAAGGCACGCUUCAACUUCCAACAGACCAAUGAGGACGAGCUGUCCUUCUCCAAGGGUGACAUCAUCCAUGUCACCCGCGUGGAGGAGGGCGGCUGGUGGGAGGGCAUGCUCAAUGGCAAGACCGGCUGGUUCCCUAGCAACUACGUCAGAGAAAUUAAAGGCAGUGACAAACCAGUGUCUCCCAAGUCCGGCACGCUCAAGAGCCCACCAAAAGCCUUCGACACCUCUGCCAUCAGCAAGACCUACUACAAUUUGGUGCUCCAGAACAUUCUAGAAAUAGAGACAGAAUAUUCCAAGGAGCUUCAGAACCUUCUGUCUAAUUACCUGCGGUCAUUGCAGAGCACAGACAAGCUGAGUACGUUGGACAUUGCCCACAUCAUGGGCAACCUGGAGGAGAUCAGCACCUUUCAGCAGAUGCUGGUCCAGUCCCUGGAGGAAUGCACCAAGCUGCCAGAGGCCCAGCAGAGGAUAGGGGGGUUCUUCCUCAACCUCAUGCCCCAGAUGAAGGGCUUGUACGUGGCGUACUGUGCCAACCACCCCUCUGCUGUCAGUGUCCUCACGGAGCACAGUGAGGAGCUGGGAGAGUUCAUGGAGAGCAAAGGGGCCAGCAGUCCAGGCAUCCUCAUGUUGACCACAGGCUUGAGUAAACCCUUCCUCCGGCUAGAUAAGUACCCCACCCUGCUGAAGGAGCUGGAGAGGCACAUGGAGGAGUUUCACCCAGACCGCCCAGACAUUCAGAAGUGUAUGACAUCGUUCAAAAGCCUCUCAGCUCAGUGUCAGGAGGUGCGGAAGCGGAAGGAACUGGAGCUGCAGAUCCUGACAGAGUCGAUCCGGUGCUGGGAGGGCGACGACAUCAAGACCCUGGGCUCAGUGCUCUACAUGUCCCAAGUCAUGAUCCAGAGCCAUGGCAACGAGGAGAGGAGUGAGCGCUACCUCCUGCUGUUCCCCCACGUGCUCCUCAUGCUUUCUGCCAGUCCCAGGAUGAGUGGCUUCAUUUACCAGGGUAAGCUUCCAUUGACAGGAAUGACCAUCUCCAAGCUAGAAGACAGUGAAAACCUCAAAAAUGCAUUUGAAAUAUCUGGUAGCAUGAUCGACAGGAUCCAGGUAUCCUGCAAUAACCAGCAGGACCUGCAGGACUGGGUGGAUCACCUGCUGAGACAGACCAAGCACACCUCCCUGUCUGCGCCUAGCAUAAAGCCCCAGUCCGUCCCCUGCCACACGCUCCCCUCACACCCUGUCACCCCGUCCCGGCAUUCGGAGAGCCGGAGCUUAACCGUGGCCCCGGCAUACCACACCCUCCCACACCCCUCCUCGCAUGGGACUCCCCACAGCACCAUGAUGUGGGGUCCCCUGGAGCCCCCCAAGACCCAGAAACCGUGGAGCCUGAGCUGCCUUCGCCCCGCGCCCCCUCUCAGGCCGUCCGCAGCGCUUUGCUACAAGGAGGAUCUCAGCAAAAGCCCCAAAAGCAUGAAGAAGCUACUUCCUAAACGUAAGCCGGAAAGGAAGCCUUCCGAUGAGGAGUUUGCGCUGAGAAAGAGCACGGCCGCCCUGGAGGAGGACGCGCAGAUCCUGAAGGUGAUCGAGGCGUACUGCACCAGCGCCAAGACGCGGCAGACCCUCAACUCGACAUGGCAGGGCACUGAUCUGAUGCAUAAUCACGUGCUGGCCGAUGAUGACCUGUCCAGUGUGGACUCUUUGGGCCGGCGCAGCAGUAUCUCUCGCCCGGAGCCGACCUCUGACCUCUCUGAAGACUCUGACUAUGACAGUGUAUGGACAGCCCAUAGUUACAGGAUGGGUUCCACAUCCCGAUCUAGGAAGGAAUCUGGACCUCAUAUGCUAUUUCCUGAGGAGGAGAAAAUUAUUGUGGAAGAGACCAAGAGCAAUGGUCAGACUGUGAUUGAAGAGAAGAGCCUAGUGGACACUGUAUAUGCUCUGAAGGAUGAGGUACAGGAGCUUAAAUUGGACUACAAGAAGAUGAAGAGGAUGUUAGAGGAAGAACAGAGAGCUCGGAAAGAGCUGGAAAAAAUUGUAAGGAAAGUGUUAAAAAGCAUGAACGAUCCCUCCUGGGACGAGACCAAUCUGUAAAGAGAUCGUUUCCAUUUUAGUUUCAUUUGUUCUGUUCUUUUUUGGGUUUGUUUUGUUUCGUGUCCCUGGUGGGCCAUGAAUGCUGCAAAAUGUCCUCUUCAGUUGAGCAGGACAUUGCAGUUCACUCAGAAACAUUGCAGAGAUCUGGGUCAUUUAGCAGUGGGUCCAUGAGACCACGCAGGCCACCUCAAUGCAAAGCUGUGAUGCUUAGCUAAACCACUGUGGAAUUGUGGGAUGGAUCACUGAAGAGGAAGGGGGGUGCUAUGUGUGGUCUUUAGCUGACUUGCAGUACUAGGGGCUGUUAUGAACAUGUAAGAGUUAGGGUGUCCUGAACACACUUUAUAAACCCCGGCUCCAGUCAAAUUCAGCUUGCUGUACAUCUUUGUUUUUUUUUUUUUUAAACCCCACCCAACAUAUCAGCAGUACCCUGCACACCCCUUCAGAAGUGGCACAUAUCCUUUGAUCUCUGUCUUCCGCUUCACCUGAGGAAAGGGAGGGUAUAAGUGUUACAUAGGAAUGGUGUAAAGCCUGUAACCAUGGAUCCAUGGCAAGGAGAGUGGAUUGUUGCCAUGGGAGAUAUUAUGUCACUGCCGUCAGCAGAGAACCUGAGAGCGUCGUCUCUCUUGCCCUCUCAGGAGCCCUUACGCAGUCCCUCUGAACCCUGGACCAACUGAAACCACAGCAAUAACUUA